UCCAGGGAGGGAGAGGUGGAGUCACUGGCUUCUCCAUCUCCAUGACAACGAUGUGGCGACUAAUCGAAGCCCACUACUCUGAGUGUCUCACGUUCAGACUGCUGGCCUCUCUUCCCUCCUCUGAGCUCCUUAGUUAUGGGAAGUUCCAUGAUGCUCUGGGGCUUAAUGAGAUCACAGCAAUGUCGCCUGCAAACAACAACCCCUGGGGGCCCUCAGGAUUGAUAUUCCAUUUCUAAUCUUUGCCACAUAUCCUCCAUGACCAAAGCAAACACCUCCAAUGAGGAAACUGAGACUGAGAGAAGUUAGUGACUUGUCCAGGGUCAUACAGCUAAGAGAAUGCUAAGCAUCCUAUGGCUCACAACACUGAAGAAAAUAUAGAAGCUGCUAAGGUGUUCUGUUCAGAUCUGGAUACUGUCUUUAUCUCGGCGAGGAUGCACACUCUUUCCUAAGGAAAAUUCUACAUGGAUUUGGCCCUAGGUCACUAAGGCAUAUUCCUUUGAACAGAAGAAAUGUCUAAACAUAGAUUACUAUCUAGAACACUGAAUUUUCUUCACUUCAAGAGGAAGAGCUGGCUCUUUUUGAAAUUUGGAUUUCCUGUCUUUGCUCUGAUUGUGUUUUGUGAAUAUCUAAUUUAUUAUUUAGUGAUCUUUCAAUGUCACUGGCCAGAAGUAAAAACUGUAGCUUCUGGAAGCAAACAGCAGACUCCUGAACCUGUGCUGAAGGUUAUAUUUUUAGCAGAUACCCACUUGCUUGGGGAAAUAAAUGGACAUUGGUUGGACAAAUUACGACGGGAGUGGCAAAUGGAAAGGGCCUUUCAAACAGCCUUAUGGUUACUACAGCCAGAGAUUGUCUUUAUUCUGGGGGAUGUCUUUGAUGAAGGCAAGUGGAGUUCCCCUCAGGCCUGGGCUGCUGAUGUGGAAAGGUUCCAGAGAAUGUUCCGACAUCCACCUCACACACAAGUCAUGGUGGUUGCUGGGAACCAUGACAUUGGCUUUCAUUAUGAGAUGAACACUUACAAACUACAACGAUUUAAGAAGGUUUUUGACUUUGGGGAACAUUUUUCUAUAAAAGGGAUUAAUUUUGUGAUGGUGAACAGUGUAGCAAUGGAGGGAGAUGGCUGCACUAUUUGCUCUUCGAUGGAAGCCCAACUCAUUAAGCUCUCUCACCUACUGAAUUGCUCCAGACAGGAGAAAUACCAUUCCAGUCCAAAGUGUAGUGGUAUUCAACAGCUGUCAGCAUCAGCUCCUAUCCUUCUGCAGCAUUAUCCUCUCUACCGGAGAAGUGAUGCUGACUGCACUGGGGAAGAUUCUGCUCCUCCAGAGAAAAAGAACCUCUUAUUUGAAGAGAGAUAUGAUGUACUUUCUAAAGAGGCUUCCCAAAAGCUUCUGUGGUGGUUCCAACCUCGCUUGAUUCUGAGUGGUCAUACUCACAGUGCCUGUGAAGUGCUGCACGACGGAAAAAUCCCUGAAAUCAGUGUGCCAUCUUUCAGUUGGAGAAACAGAAACAACCCUAGUUUCAUUAUGGGCAGCAUAACAUCAGUAGAUUAUUCCCUCUCCAAAUGUUUCCUUCCACUUGAGCAUACAGUGCUGACUAUUUACUGCACAGCAGGUAUUUUGGUGGCUUUGUUAAUAUUGACUCACUGUCAGCCUUUACAACACCACCGUUUCUUUUCAUCUCAUUUCAUUCGGUUGAUACGUAAUCAGAAAGCAUAA